AAGAAUAAGAGAGAUGAUUGUAGGUGAAUUUAACAAACUGCACACACUGCUGAGAGAGGAGGAGCAGCUGCUUCUGCAGAGCCUGGAGGCGGAGGAGAGGGAGACUCUGCAGAGACUAAGGGAAAAUGUAACCAAACUGUCCCAGCAAAGCUUCUCUCCGCAGCAGUUGAUCACGGAGAUUGAGGAGAAGUGUCAGCAACCAGUUAUCGAGCUGCUAAAGGAUGUGAAAAGCACAUUGAGCAGGUGUGUUUCCUAUGUUCAUUGCUCUUAUAUUCUUGGUGGUGGUUCUGGGAUGAUGUGUGUACAGAGCAGCUGA